CGCCCCUCUUCCUCCCCGCUCCCCCUCCGCAUCCCCGCUCCUCCUCUUCAUCCUCUUCCUCCUCCUCCUCCUCGCGCCGCCGCCGAGCCCUGCGAUGCCCCGCUAUGAACUGGCUUUGAUCCUGAAAGCCAUGCAACGGGGUUGGUACAGUAGGCCUCACUAAACUUAGCUGCAACUAAGAAUUUCUCCUACAUCAACUGAGUUAAGGCUGAUGCUCUUGUGGAAUGUGGAUUAAAAGUGCGUGCUAAGUUCCAAAUUUCCAUUUGAGAAGCGGAGAAAGUAAAUGUACCACAACCACCAGCAUCAGGACAGCAAACCAAGGGACAAAGAAUUUGAUCCGCAGUGUUGAUAAAUGUUAACUGGUUCACGUGUUGCUUAAGAGACGUUUGCUGGGGGGCGAGAAGUGGACGUCAGCUGUGCGAAGUCAUUUUGUUUACAAAAAUGAGGGCUUCUUUGGAAACAGCAGACAUUGCCAUUGUGGCUCUGUACUUCGUGCUUGUAAUGUGCAUAGGUUUUUUUGCCAUGUGGAAAUACAAUCGAAGCACCGUAAGUGGCUACUUCUUGGCAGGGCGUUCUAUGACCUGGGUAGCUAUCGGUGCAUCUUUGUUUGUGAGCAAUAUUGGAAGUGAACAUUUCAUUGGGCUCGCAGGAUCUGGAGCGGCGAGUGGAUUUGCAGUAGGUGCAUGGGAAUUCAACGCCUUAAUGCUUUUGCAGCUUUUAGGAUGGGUCUUCGUCCCCGUCUACAUCCGGUCGGGAGUGUACACCAUGCCUGAAUACUUGUCCAAGCGUUUUGGAGGGCAUAGAAUUCAAAUCUAUUUUGCAGCGUUGUCUCUCAUUCUUUAUAUCUUCACCAAACUUUCAGUUGACUUGUAUUCAGGGGCACUUUUUAUUCAAGAAUCGCUAGGUUGGAACCUCUAUUUGUCAGUAAUCCUCCUUAUUGGAAUGACUGCGCUGUUGACUGUGACUGGAGGUCUUGUGGCUGUCAUCUACACAGACACCCUUCAAGCUCUGCUUAUGAUUAUUGGUGCCCUCACACUUAUGAUCAUAAGUAUUCUGGAGGUUGGUGGGUUUGAAGAAGUUAAAAGAAGGUACAUGUUAGCAUCACCAAAUAUCACGUCUAUCUUGUUAACCUACAACCUUUCCACUACCGAUUCCUGCAAUGUGGACCCAAAGCCUGACGCUCUUAAAAUGUUGCGUGAGCCAACAGACGAAGAUAUUCCCUGGCCUGGAUUUCUGUUGGGACAGACCCCAGCUUCUGUCUGGUACUGGUGUGCUGACCAAGUCAUAGUUCAGAGAGUUUUAGCUGCAAAAAACAUUGCUCAUGCCAAAGGAUCCACUCUGAUGGCAGGCUUCUUAAAGCUGCUGCCGAUGUUUAUUAUAGUUGUCCCAGGGAUGAUUUCACGAAUACUGUUUGCAGAUGAUAUCGCCUGCAUUAAUCCAGAACACUGCUUUCAAGUCUGCGGGAGCAGAGCUGGAUGCUCUAACAUUGCCUACCCACGGUUGGUGAUGAAACUUGUGCCAGUUGGUCUGCGGGGACUGAUGAUGGCUGUGAUGAUUGCUGCACUGAUGAGUGACUUGGACUCUAUAUUCAACAGUGCCAGCACCAUAUUCACGCUUGAUGUCUACAAACUCAUUCGGAAGAGCGCGACGUCUAGAGAACUGAUGAUUGUAGGAAGAGUCUUUGUGGCGUUCAUGGUAGUUAUAAGCAUUGCCUGGGUCCCGAUAAUCGUAGAAAUGCAAGGCGGUCAGAUGUACCUUUAUAUUCAAGAGGUAGCAGACUAUCUGACCCCACCGGUGGCUGCUCUGUUUCUUAUGGGUAUAUUUUGGAAGCGUUGCAAUGAACAGGGGGCAUUCUAUGGUGGAAUGGCUGGGUUUGUCCUCGGAGCCAUACGGUUGGUACUGGCGUUUAUCUAUCGCGCUCCGGAGUGUAACCAGCCGGAUACUAGGCCAAGCUUUAUCAAAAACAUCCAUUACAUGUAUGUCGCUACAGCCCUGUUCUGGAUCACUGGGAUUGUGACCUUUAUAGUAAGCCUGCUUACACCUCCACCUACAAAGGAACAGGUUCGGACAACCACUUUCUGGGCCGUGAGAAACAGGAAUGUGAAAGAGCAUACUGCAAAGGGGGAGCUGUACAAAGUGCAAGAAAAGAACAUCUUGAGGUGCAAUGAAAACGCUAAUCAUAUCAUUCCAAACGGCAAAUCUGAAGAAAACAUUAAAAAUAUUAAGCCUGAGGAUAUCAAUCUUCUGGUCACUUGCAGAGAUGACAGCAACCCAGUGAUUUCUGUAAGUCACUCUGAAGUCGAGACACCAGUGGAUUGCUAUUCGAACGGACAAGCAGCUUUGAUGGGUGAGAAAAAGCGUGAGGAAGAAACUGAUGAUAGAGAGAGACAUUUGAAAUUCAUAGAUUGGUUCUGUGGCUUUAAAAGUAAAAACAUGAACAAGAGAGCUGUUCGGGAGAUUGAGGAAGAGACUGUUUGUUUACAAAUGCUGGAAGAGACUCCAAAAGUUAAGCUAUUACUAAAUACUGGACUGGUCUGUGUCUGUUCGCUUGGAAUAUUCAUGUUUGUCUAUUUCUCUUUGUGAGUGAAUAGUGAACUUUUAAGGGUAUGGCUAAACAUACAGAAGUUGAUACAGGUCUCUGGAGAUUUUUUAUUUUUUUUCCAAAUAACAUAACCGCAACCCAGGCAUUGUUUACGCUAUAAUUGUAAAAUCAACUCAACUUUAGCCUAUUUAGAGACCAUUUGAGACGUGUUGUCCUAUCUCUGCUGAAGGCAGAAUGUGUUGUGUGGUGUCUUUCCCUUUUCCCCUUUGUCUUUUUUCUUCUCUUUUCUUUUCCCCAUUUGCAGUAUUAACCUUUUCUUUUUCCACAAAUACGUGUAUAAAUAUACCAAAGGCAGGCAGGUGGCUGUGUUUGAAGUCAGGCAGCUCUAGAGUUCAGUCAACAUGAAGGUGAAGAUAACAACAAGUAAUCGUUUACCUACGUGUAAAAUCUGAAACGAUUAAAGCUGUGUUGAAAGAUUUUUAAAUGUAAGGCUGUGAUACACAUUAUUGUAUAGUUGUUCUUUGUAAUGUAACUGUGUUACCUUGGCCAACUUAAUACAUAUGAAUUUCGCUCACUGCUUCUAGGUAUUUCAGUUUCUCAGUUUUCUUAUGGCAACAACAGGAUGAUAUUUUUUCUCAUCUUGUAGUAUUUAAAAUGUGAUACCUGUCAAUAGCUUUCUGUCAUUUUUCCCUGCAAGGAAAUGUCUUUUCUUUUUAAUUCACUGUUAAUUUCAUUACUGAAAAAUUGGUAUAUCUGAAAACAAAAACACCCUGGAGAUAACAAACCCUCAAUGGGGGGAGGAGGAAAGGAAUUCUCUUUAUUGGACACUUGUAGUAUGCUGAAAGAUUAUAUAUUCAACCUUGUCUGUCCCCAAACCUUUAGCCUUGUAUUGUCAUUGACAUAAUUAGGGUUAGCCUCUUUGUAGAGAGAAGCCUCCACAUAGGUUCUACCACAUAGGUUCUACCACAUGGGAGAAAGAGAAACGGGAAGCUUGCAUGUCUUCAGUUUGGUAAACACACCAAAAAAUAACCAUCUUCCUCUGUGAUGUUUGUCUAAAAGGGAAUAUGCCGCAGUCCUACCACUGCUGGGUCUGUAAAGGGACAAAAAGAAGGGGGAAGGGAGGAGGAGUCUGGGGAAAGGGGUGGAAGUGGUCCUUGUUUUCUAGAGUCCUUUUACCUAAUGCCUUACCCUACUUCUCCUUUUGCUCCCAGACCUUUUUUAAGGAAUGAGUCCUGAAGCAUUCUUUGUCAGGAGAUGAGGAGCAACUGCAGUAGUCAUCUGUGCUGGCAUUUGAGGACUCCUCAAAAAAAAAAUAAAAACAAAACACCCCAAAACCUGAACCUUUUCCUGGGCAGUCACAGGUGGUUAGUAGAUGUUGAGGCAGUCAGGGUCUCUCCUCCCAGAGGACAAUGAUGAAGUCCUCCAGUUCUGUGGGGUACAUGUGCUGGCGGGUCCAUGGGCUCCAGCAGACUGCCCCCUCAGUAAAACAGGAGGACCUGUCCCCAGCCUGGGUGCUUUUACCCUUACUGGAAACCAGCAGUGUUUAGCUUGGUGGCCAUCGCUUAGCCAGGCUACGGCCUGGUUACGUGCAUAGUCACAGGCUGGAUGAAGUCAGGGCUGGGUGUCAGGCCCUAAGACCUGCUGACAGAGUGGCCAUAUACCUUUGAGCUCCCUUACCCCACAGAACUGCCUCCAAAAAUAAUUUCUGCAGCUGUCUUUGCUCCUGAGCUUCUCUGGGGAAUUGUAUGGGAGAGCAGUAACUGGCCAGGCCAAAGACGGCCCAAGGGACCAUGCUGACUGUGUAACGGUGUAGAUUCAAGGGUCCAGAAACGUCUCCUUGGCACAGUCUAAUUUCUUAAUGUAAACUCAAGAAGUUCUGUAGAGAUGAAAUUUGAGUUAAUCUUGCCAUUGACUGCUAGAGAAAGUUUGCUUUCCAUUAGAGUGGUCCCAGAAGCUGCAGGCUGUUGAAAGAGCUUAUAGUAGCAUGAUGUAUAUAAUGCAUAUUUUCAGAUAAACUGAUCGAUGUCUAGUUGUGUGGGGGAUUUUUUUUUGUUUUGAAAUCAGUUGAAUCCUAUUAGUUCUGAGCCUUUAAUCGGAGGAUGAGAUGCCUAACUUUUGUCCACUUUUAGUUGUUGCCACUGGAAAGUAGAAUAACUGGAAAUACAGUAAUAAGUGUCAGAGCUGUCUUGUAAUAUAUGGAGGAGAGUUACCAUACCUGAGUCUUAACGUUAAUACCAGUGUGACAAGACACGUUUUCUUAGUUUGUGUGGCUGCCUUCAUUCAGGAAAAAAAAUAAAAUCUUUUUUAAUAGGACUAGGUGAAGCCCUAGUAUGUGAGGUAUGUUAAUGGAAUCUUAAUUCAUAAGCGGAGGGAACUGGGAAGGAUGAUAUUAUAUGUAAAGUAAGAUACAAAACAUAAUUAAUUGCUUCUGUUCAGGAUAAAGUAGCCUAGGAUGAAACUUUAUUGAUCACAGUGGAGUGAAAGAUAAAUUUGGAGGGUAAGGAUAAGCCUCAGAUCAGUAAUAUCUCCUUGAAAAGCCUAGGAUCUAGAAUGUCAGGUUUGGCACAGGGAAAGAGACUCAGGUGCCAGGCACUGUCCCUUAACAACUCGGCGUAUUUUUCCAUCAGUGGCUGGUACUUGGGUUUUCCAGACCAGUCCUCUUGGCUCUAGUACUAACAAAUACAUUGCCACCUAACCUGUGAAGUGAAGCCAGGUUAGCUCAGGGACCCUGUUGCUUCAUCCUUGCUUAUUUUUCCAGGGUGCCUUACGUGGUUAUGAAGUUGAAGGCAUGGCUUUUAUUGCCACCUGAAUAGUGGUUUGCUUCUCAUGUCUUUUCCCUGUUUUUUUCCUCAUUUCUUCCCCCAGGCCAUGUGCUCUUUAAACAGAGCUCUGUUUAAAUAGUUAAUGCAUAAGAUGCAUGUAUCCUGGGCAGUGUAACUACAAUCAGAUCCAUGAUGAAAUUGAUUCUUUGACCAUCAUAUGGAGUCACAAUCCUCCCCAAAUGUGCAGUGCAACAUUUGACUGUUGAAUCUGAGACACUCUGCAUUCCAGUUAAUAUAUUCCAUCUUUUGCUAAACUAACAAGUUGCUGAAUUAAUCACAGUGAUAAUUGGCAGGCAGUCAGAAUCUUUAAGAAGUAUUACUUUGCAUCCCCCCACCUUUCAGACUGUUAUUGUGAAGAAGCUUUUAAGCAAAUUGUUUCUCCAGUGUUUUUUUCUCUUAGUUGAAAACGUUUCUAUGCUACUCUCUGCCUAACGUCGGCCUCUUCAAUUGUGUUCUGCUUGUAUGUCUUAGAGGUCGUAAAACUUGCUAAUAUUCUUCGCUGCAUGUAACCACCUAAUGAAAACCCUUUAUCCAAAAAAAAAUAAUAAAUAAUAAUAAUAAAAAAAAAGGCUUCAAGCAAACUGUUGGUGAGCAAGUACCUCACCUUGAGUUACGGACUACAGUGUAAGAAGCUGCUUGAGGGUUUUUUAUAGCGUAAACAUGCCUUUGCUAAUUUUCUGGUCAUGACCUACCUAGAACCCCGGUUAAUAUGUUUUGGUUCAAGCACCAACUUUCCAGUCUGGUAAAACCACAGAGUGUCUCCCACAAUGGACAAUCGGUUCCAUAAAUUUUAAUGACUGGCCUCCUCCGAGGUGGGACUGGCUAGCUGUGCAGGGGUAGAGCCAGGAGGACACUUGGCUUCUGUCUCUGCAGCGAGGGGUUUAUUUAUUGCCUUGAACUUAGAAUGACAGUCUUGAAAAAGUUGUUUUGGAAUGACACCUUUUUUGUUGUUAUUCCCCUUAACUUAUUUUUCUGUUAAGAUAUUUUAAUCUUCUCCCAGAAAUUUGUUAAAGCCUUUUAUUUAAAUUAAAAAAAAAAAAA